GAUUGUGAAUAAAUUGAUAUUGUAAUUCAACCUCCACAUGUACUUACACCUAACAUGUGAUGUGACUUAAUUUUUUAUCUAUAUAUAUACGUAUAGUUUCUGGUAUACAAAUUGUGGUUGAACAAAUAUUUAGUAACAUCAAGCAUAUAUAUUCUAAUUCCCACUUAAAAGGGAAUUGAAGAUGUGGAGGUUGAAGAUUGCAGAAGGCGGCGACAAGUGGCUGACGACGACGAAUGAACAUGUAGGAAGACAACAUUGGGAAUUUGAUGCAGAAGCUGGAACUGCAGAGGAACGAGCUCAAGUCGAAAUUAUGCGACAGGAAUUCAAGAACAACAGAUUUCGUGUCAAACAAAGUGCUGAUCUCCUCAUGCGCAUGCAGUUGAGAAAGGAGAAUCCAUGCAGUGAGAUCCCAGCCCCCAUAAAAGUGAAUGAAACAGAGCAAAUAACUGAGGAAGCAACCAUCACCACGCUCCGACGCGCCAUCACUUUCUACUCAACCAUUCAGGCCCACGACGGCCAUUGGCCGGCUGAGUCCGCCGGCCCUCUAUUUUUCAUCCAACCUCUGGUGCUUGCGUUGUACGUCACCGGCGGAAUCAACACCGUCCUAUCGCCGGAACAUCAGAAGGAGAUCAAACGUUACAUUUACAACCAUCAGAAUGAAGAUGGAGGUUGGGGGUUCCACAUAAUCGGGCACAGCACAAUGAUUGGCUCUGCGCUCAGUUAUAUAACACUGAGGUUGCUCGGGGAAGGCCCGGACGGCGGCGAAGACAGGGCGGUGGCAAGAGGCCGGAAAUGGAUACUCGACCACGGGGGCGCCGUGGGGACACCUUCGUGGGGGAAGUUCUGGCUCACGGUGUUGGGAGUUUACGAGUGGGAUGGCUGCAAUCCGAUGCCGCCGGAGUUUUGGUUGCUCCCAAAAUCAUCCCCCAUUAGUCCAGGAAAUAUGUUGUGCUACUGUAGAUUGGUAUAUAUGCCAAUGUCGUAUUUAUACGGGAAGAGAUUUGUUGGACCCAUAACUGGGUUGAUUCGAUCUCUGAGAGAUGAGCUUUACAACGAACCGUAUUAUGAAAUCAAUUGGAACAAAGCUAGAAACACUUGUGCAAAGGAAGAUCUUUACUAUCCUCACCCUUUUGUCCAAGAUAUGUUGUGGGGAUUCUUGCACCAUGUUGCUGAGCCAUUGCUGCAGCGGUGGCCAUUAUCCAAACUGCGAGAGAAAGCUCUAGGAAUAGCCAUAGAGCAUGUUCACUAUGAGGACUACAUCAGUAGAUACCUAUGCAUUGGAUGCGUAGAGAAGGUAUUGUGUAUGCUGGCUUGCUGGGUGGAGGAUCCUAACUCGGAGGCCUACAAACGCCACCUUGCUCGUUUACCAGACAAUUACUGGGUAGCCGAAGACGGCCUCAAAAUGCAGACUUUUGGGUGUCAAAUGUGGGAUGCUGCAUUUGCAAUCCAAGCUAUUCUUUCCGCUAAUCUUUCUCACGAGUUCGGAUCAACACUGAAGAAGGCGCACAACUUUGUGAAAGCCUCACAGGUUCGCGACAACCCGCCUGGGGAUCAUUUUGCUAUGUACCGCCACACGUCUAAAGGAGCUUGGACAUUCUCAAUGCAAGAUCAGGGCUUGCAAGUCUCAGACUGCACGGCUGAAGGGCUCAAGUGUGCACUUCUUUUCUCUGAAAUGCCCAAGGAAGUGGUGGGGGAAGGACUUAAAACAGAGCGCUUUUACGAUGCUGUCAAUGUCAUCUUGUCCCUACAAAGUGCUAAUGGUGGAUUUUCAGCGUGGGAGCCUAAUCGAGCAGAGAGAUGGUUGGAGAAAUUCAACCCCACAGAGUUCUUUGAAGAUACUCUGAUUGAGCGAGAAUAUGUGGAAUGCACGUCAUCGGCAAUACAGGGGCUGGUGUUGUUCAAGAAACUGCACAAGGGCCAUAGAAGUAACGAGAUAAAGACUUCCAUUGCUCGAGGAAUACACUACAUAGAACAAACUCAAGAGCCUGAUGGUUCUUGGUAUGGGUGUUGGGGCAUAUGUUAUACUUAUGGUACGUUGUUUGCUGUGGAUGCAUUGGCUGCUUGUGGCAAAACUUAUCAAAAUUCUCCCGCACUUAGAAAAGCGUGUCAAUUUCUGUUGUCAAAACAGUUAGUAGAUGGUGGAUGGAGUGAGAGUCAUCUCUCAAGCUCAAACAAGGUAUACACUAAUAUUGAAGGUAACAGAUCAAACUUAGUGCAGACCUCAUGGGCUCUCUUGUCACUAAUAAAAGCUGGCCAGGCUAAAAUUGAUCCGGAGCCGAUACAUCGUGGGAUAAGGUUGCUAAUAAACUCACAGAUGGAAGAUGGUGACUUUCCACAGCAGGGUGAUAUUACAGGAGUAUUUAUGAAAAACUGCGCUCUCAACUAUUCAUCUUAUCGGAAUAUCUUCCCCAUAUGGGCUCUUGGUGACUACCAUCGACAUGUCCUUGGAGCAUAAUACUAUUAAUUUCUUGUAUAUACAUAACUCAUUAUUAAGCAUCAACUAUAAUUUGUAAUAAAUAAUUGAUGCUUAAUUCCUGCUCUUAUCUUGAAUGUAUUAUUUUACCCACAUUCUCAACACACCGCAAACUCUUGGGUUCUACAAAAGCAGUUCAUAAAGUGUGUUUACUUUUAACAAAAUAAUUCAUUAAUAUAAUUUGUGUGUGCUAUUUUC